GUGCGGCGACAUGGCAGCGGACAAGAGGAAGCGUGGGGCGCUCCCGGCGGGAAAGGGGAAGCGCUCCAGGACCGGCCCCAGCGCGGCAGAGGCGGAGGCGGCCCCGGCCGGAGCCCCGCAGGAAUACAGCAUCCCGCCGCCCGUGUCCCAGGGUAAAUGGAAGAACAAGGAGCGAGUGCUGAUAUUCUCCUCUCGUGGAAUCAAUUUCAGAACAAGGCACCUAAUGCAAGACUUAAGAACACUGAUGCCUCACUCUAAAGCAGAUACUAAAAUGGACCGUAAAGACCAGCUAUUUGUAAUUAAUGAGGUGUGUGAAAUGAAAAACUGCAACAAGUGCAUCUUUUUUGAAGCCAAAAAGAAACAGGAUCUCUACAUGUGGCUUUCAAACACACCACAGGGACCAUCAGCUAAAUUCUUGGUGCAGAAUGUUCACACGCUGGCUGAAUUGAAGAUGACGGGAAAUUGCCUAAGGGGCUCACGGCCCCUCUUGUCUUUUGAUCCAAUAUUUGACAAGGAGCCACACUAUGCCCUGCUAAAAGAAUUGUUUAUUCAGAUAUUUAGUACUCCGCAGUAUCACCCCAAAAGUCAGCCUUUUGUGGACCACGUCUUCACCUUCACCGUUACAGAUGAGAGGAUCUGGUUUCGGAAUUACCAGAUAAUAGAAGAAGAUGCAUCUCUGGUAGAAAUUGGGCCUCGUUUUGUUCUAAACCUUAUCAAAAUCUUUCAAGGUAGUUUUGGAGGGCCAACACUGUAUGAAAAUCCUCAUUACCAGUCCCCAAAUAUGCAUCGACGGCUGAUAAGAUUGUCAGUGGCAGCGAAGUUUAGAGAGAAACAGCAUGUGAAAGAAGUGCAAAAGGAGAAGAAAAAAGCAAGCAAGGUCCUUGUAAAAGAAGAUCCUACGGAAGUGGUCUUUGAAACUCCAGCUGAAGAAAAGCCAGUGGAAAUACAGCUCGUGAAACCGGAGUCAAAGCCCAUUGUUAAAGAUAAAAAGAAACUACGCAAAAUUCAGAGGAAGAAGCAAAGAAAGCUAUUCAGAACUGAAACAUCAGCAUAAAUGUUACAAGGGAUGAAACUAGGUGUAUUGUCAUAAUAUUGUAAAUAAUUUGUUUUUACAGGCUAAACUAUCUAGAGUUCAGUUUUAAGUAGAAA